UGAUUAAAAUGUGCUCUAAUGGUUAUUAAGCAGCUGUUAUUAGAUUAAUUCAGUACGAUCCAUGUGUGUUUGCAGUGCUAAGAUCGCAGCUGGAGCUGUUGUUUGUGUUGAAAGUGAAAUCAGAGGAGAUGUGACCAUAGGUGCCAGAACGGUUGUCCACCCCAAAGCUCGGAUCAUAGCAGAAGCAGGGCCCAUAAUAAUAGGAGAAGGGAACCUGAUAGAGGAGCAGGCUCUGAUCAUUAACAGCUAUCCAGAGAAUAUAAUGCCGGACACUGAAGGAGUCGAGCCAAAAACAAUGACCAUUGGGACUAAUAAUGUGUUUGAGGUUGGAUGUGUUUCUCAGGCUUUGAAAAUUGGAGACAACAAUGUGAUUGAGUCUAAAGCCGAUCUUGGCCGGAACGUGAUUCUGACCAGCGGCUGCAUCGUGGGCGCCUGCUGUCAGAUCAACACGUGUGAAGUGGUUCCAGAGAACACGGUGGUUUACGGUUCCAGCUGCAUCCGGAGAGUUCAGAGCGAGAAGCCUCAGCCUCAGACUCUGCAGCUCGACUUCCUCAUGAAGAUCCUUCCUAACUACCAUCACAUGAAGAAGACUGUGAAAGGAAACAGCACUCCUGUGAGAAACUGAAACCUGCAUCUAGAGCAGUAAAAAAAAAAAAAAGCAGCUGGAAAUGCAGAAAACAGCUUAAAUACUUUCCUCAACAAGCACUUUUCUUUCAUUUUUACUCUUCUCAUGUCUCCAGUGUGUGAAAACAACCUUCACACACUUCUGCACUUUGCUUUUAGUUCGUUUUUAUGCCUAUUUAUGUCACGUCUUGCACCAUUUUCAUCUAUAUUUGUAAGUGUUCCAAUAAAGCUUCUAUCAUUCCA